AUGUCUGCUCCGUAUCUGGAGGACUCGCUACAAGCGAAUUGUCGUCAAAGUCUGAGUCAAUCCAUUCCAAGAGAGCUGCUGGAUUUUCUCGAUGAGCCAUUGGAGGAUUUCGGAUCGAAUCUGGAUUAUCUUUAUGAUAUUCCCCAAGACAAUAAUGAAGUGUACGCACAAGAAUUCCCGGAACUACCUCCCGCGGAUGGUUUCGAAGAAUUCAUUGACCCUGCACUCCAGAACGACGAGUCUUCAAAUCUUCCUACGCUUCAAGGACAAUCUGGAUACACCUAUCCGGCAUACGGAACAAGGCCCCUGUUGUUCCAGUCUCCCGACGGACGGUUCAUGACAAUUCAAUCGCAAUCGCAAUCCACGCCACCAAGUCAAGUUCAACCUGAACUUGCCGCAUUGCAUCAGACUCCGAACCCGUACGCACACCUCUACCCACAUUACCCGCCCCAAAGUCAAUACCCAGAUGCGGGUAUCAAUGGGCAUCAAGGCGCCCUCUCGAUUCCUCAAUACCCCCCGGUAUAUGAUCAAAAGGUAGGAGACCAUCCCCCUUCUCAUGGCAUAAUUAGUGUGUCUCAAGCUAACCCGCAUGUUCAGCCCGCUCCCGGCAUCUGCAUGAAUUGUGGUUGUGUAGCUCACUAUCCCCCAUGCUUCCAGUCUGUCCCACAAGCCAAGCCCAUCCAGAGUCUCCCAGCCCAAGUCUCCCAACCAGAGCAGAGAAAGUGGGCUCCCAAGUCUAGAUGGAUGGAGGAGGACGAGGAGAGCGACGAAUGUCCAGAACCUGCCAAGAAGGGCAGAAAGAACGUUAGUCGUCUUGUAAGUCGUGCCGCCAAAUCGAAGACUACCAGAGUGAAAAGGGCCCAGAAAGGUGUCAGCACCGACAUCUUUCCCUACCCUCAUUUCCAGGAGUUUCUUGACUGGACAACUGCGGAUGGUUGCAACAUCUCCUAUCUAUCAGCAGGACAGUUCGAUGAUGAACUACUGCUCACUGCCAAGGAAUUGCGCGACUACUUGGAGCAAUGCCCUCGAGAGCUCAGGAUCUGGCUUCAAAACAGUCCGUCAAAAUGCAAAGGAAGGCACAUUGACGCUGACGUGAAGUGUCGCUAUUCCGAAUGCCCAGCAAAGUACGGAACGAUCCUUCAUGGCUGGCAUCGUGUCGCUUUUGACGAGUUUCCUGAAAGGACCAGUACGGGCAUCAAAGACCCUUACAAAAUGGCUGGUGUUAUGCACCUUUGGUGUUUUGAGCAGUGCAUCGAUCCGCUUGAGCCUGUCGAAAAGAAAAUUCUGCUCCCAGAUGAUCGCGAGUUUGAGCACGAGACAUCGAACCGCAUGGCGAUCACCAGAGAUGACUACAAAGAUGUCAUCGAAGGUGCCAUAAAGCCCUGGGCCAGAGAGCGUCGAAAGGUGGGUGUCAUACAGGUUCCCUACGCGAAGCACGAAGACACUCUAGCCUGGGCAUUAUGCAACUUCCACGUCAAGCAUCAGAACGUUUCCCGUGGUAGGACCCGUCAAAAGCGAAACGAAGACAAGCCAGACGACGAAAAGAAGUCUAUGGAUCUCAUCAUGGGUAAUCUCGCCGAGUACCACAAGAGAUUAGAACUUGCCAGGCACAGAAGGGCGUACAAGGGAGGAAAUGAGCGAUCAAACGGCUUCGCAUCUGGGCCGGCCAACCCGCCACAAGUCGGGCGACAGUCACCAGAGCGCAAAGAGAUUGCAGAGCAUGUGCCGGAAGAUCGCGUACAAGAUGUGAUAGAGGCGGCGCCAUUUGAGUUGCCUCCCUAUUCUGAAGACGAGAUGUUCGAAUUACUCAAGCAAUUCAACGAGACCAAUGACGCUGCUCCUCGUCCUCUCACACCGCAGAGCUUAGGCACAGAGGUUCCUACGAGGUUGUCCUGUAGCCCUCCUACAAAAACUGCAGUAAUGUCCGUUCAUCCUCUUGCUAACCAGGCAAAGGUUUCUCCUGGAGUGAUUCAAGACUGCAUCACCAUUCCUGGUCCUAUCGCAGUUCAAGCAAAUGAUUCUCCUCUUGGAAUGAGAUCUCUGUUUGGUUCUCCCACUGGGAGUGUAUCAUCGACUGGGUCGCGCAAGCGUUCACGGGAUGGGAAGGAAGUCGGUAACCCUGAAGCCAAGAAGAGACGACCGAGUCCUCCUAAUAUCAUCGCACUUCAAGCAGAGGAUUCUCCUCUUGGAAUGGAAUCUCUAUUUGGCUCCCCCAUUGAGAGUGUAUCCUCUUCAACUCGGUCGCGCAAGCGUUCACGGGAGGAGGAAAUCGGUACCCCUGAAGCCAAGAGACGACCACCACCUACCUGGAAGACUGGUCCACCUAGAAAAAGAAGCGGGUAUUCUUUACCGAGUCGCUCGCCCAUCAAGAGAGGUAGCGUAUCUGCCAGGAGGAAGAGAAUCUCUGUGUAG